GGUUAUCCACAACUGCCCAUAGCUCUCUCUCCUGCCUGCCCAGUCUGGGCCUCCUCAGCCUAUGAGAUCCAUCCGCCUCUCCAGGCCCCCAACCCCAUGGGCCUACUUGGUCCUCCAAGGCCUGUAGAAUACUCUCCUUCCACAUGACUCUUCAGGGUACCCUCUGAAGAGUGAGGCAAUCUUGAGAGCAUGUUCAUCUUCAUCAAACAUGGAGAUAAUCAGCAGUUUCUGGUCAGUACCAAUUGCUCUGUCCUCCUGUUGCUGCAUUACAUCCGCAGUAAAUUAAGGUUGUUUAAAACAGACACUAUCGAUUUAUGUGAUGAAAAGGGGACAAUGAAGUUGUUUUUCCUGAUGAAGACCCCUGGAGACUAUGCCAGCAAAUUCCUUACACCUCGAAGUACCUACUACGUUUGUAGGGUGGACCGUGGGGCACCAGGAACCAGAAUUGAGAAUUCCUACAGAGCUUUUGUGCCUCUCCUGAAGCAUCCAGAGCCCGAGCUAAUUGAUGCACUGCGCACACAAUGUGAUCUCCUGGAGAGGAGCCGAGUGAAGUUGCUUAGAAUCCAAGAAGCUAAGAAGGUCGUUCCAGUUGAAUCCUCGGUGACCCUCCAAUUCAAAUCAUCAGGAAGAUCGGAGGAAGAGGGGCCUACUCGCAGGGGUCCGCUCUUUAAGACCAGAGCAGACUUUCUCAGUAGGAGGGAUAGACAUCGCUAA